UAACUCGUAAUAAUGUACGUCAAAUGUACGCUUCACAAGCGUAAAUUACGCUUGCGCUUCUGAAAAUUACGCUUGCUUCUGAAAUUUACGCUUGCGCUUCUGAAAAAUACGCUUGCUUCUGAAAUUUACGCUUGCGCUUCUGAAAAUUACGCUUGCUUCUGAAAUUUACGCUUGCGCUUCUGAAAAUUACGAGUGGUUUCUCAAGCGUGAACAACCUGUCAAAAAACGUCAUUGGACGUACAAGGCAUUCUCUAUCGAGGAAGAAACAAUCGAUUUUUGUUACUGUAUACGCAUGUGGCAGAAAGAUGGCGAACCAACCGAACGCGCCGAAUUCACAGGUAUCAUUGGUGACACAAGUGCUGGACAGACUCAGACACAAUAUAAUUACCAUUUUAAAUCAACCACAACUGGAUUUGGACUACUUCUUGUAUGUCAUAAAUCAGGAAAUGUUUAUAUUGACAUCUGCUUCAACAGUUUUUGAUAUUCCGUUUGAAAUUAUAAAUACUUUGUCUGACCUUCAAAUAAAGCUGCAGAGAAGCCUUGCACAGGAGGACUUUGUUGCCUUUGUAAGGCAAGGGUGUGAGGGUCGUGGUCGUCCAAAAUUUGUGUUUUCAGGUGAACUGCUUCGAUUGCUAACUGAUAUGCCACUCCCAGUGGCUUGUAUUGCAAAUAUAUUAGGUGUUAGUGAGGCAACCAUCUUUAGACGUAUGAGGGAAUUGGGCUUGUCAACCAGGUCAACAUACAGCGGGGUGACCGAUGAAGAGCUGGACAAUUUAGUCAUGUCUAUCAAAAGAAGACUACCAACUGCUGGAUAUCGUAUGGUUAAAGGGUGUCUACAAGCAGAAGGACACAGAGUUCAGUGGAGUCGUGUCAAAGAAAGCCUGCACAGAGUUGACGCUCCUGGAAUUUUGGAAAGGAUGACUCAACUUGGCUGUAUUGUCAGGAGGACGUACUUUGUGCAAGGCCCACUGUCCCUAGUUCAUGUGGACACUAACCACAAACUCAUAAGGUACAACAUUGUCAUAUUUGGGGGUAUAGAUGGAUACUCCAGAAAGAUCAUGUACCUGGAACCAGCCACAAAUAAUCGCUCAAGUACAGCCCUCUCAUUUUUUCUGAAGGCGGUACAAAAUCAUGGCUGGCCUUCACGGGUGAGAGGUGAUGAAGGUGUAGAGAAUGUUAAAAUAGCAGAAACCAUGUUCACAGUAAAAGGUACAGGAAGGGGAAGCUUCAUCGCUGGAAAAAGCGUGCAUAACCAAAGAAUUGAACGUCUGUGGAGAGAUGUCUGGGUCAGUGUUACACAGAUAUAUUAUGAGGUUCUUCACAGCCUUGAAGAAGACUGCCUUUUGGAUAUAUCAAAUACACUUCACCUCUUCUGUGUGCACUACGUUUUCAUAAAAAGGCUGCAGAAUGAUCUGCACACAUUCAGUCAAGGGUGGGACAAUCACCCCUUGCGCACAGAAGGAGGACUAACUCCAAACCAGUUGUGGGUUUUGGGGCAUAUGCAGACCCCUUCCACUGAGGCUGAAGAAAAUGUGCAGAACCUGGACCUGUAUGGAACAGACUGGGAAUCAUUUGAUUAUGUGAAUGAGGAACACUACGGAAUUGAACUUCCAGAAAUUGAAUGUCCAAUGACCCCAACAGUGAUGGAUAGAAUAGAAACUGCCAUCAAUCCUACAGCACAGUCUGAAUCUUUUGGACGAGACAUUUAUGUUGCAAUGGUUCAAUAUGUAGAAAGUAUUUUGUCAUCUGAAGGGUAUGUCUGA